CCCGGAAGCCGCUCUCCUUCCCCUUCCUCGUUGGUCUCCUGUCACCAUGGCGCUGGCAGUCUUGCGAGUCCUGGAGCCCUUCCCGACCGAGGCACCCCCGUUGGCGGUGCUGCUGCCCCCCGGGGGCCCGUGGCCUGAGGCGGGGCUGGGCCUGGUGCUAGCCCUGCGGCCCGCAGAGGAGAGCCCCGCAGGGCCGGCGCUGUUAGUGGCGGCCCUGGAGGGACCGGGCGCGGAGACCGAGGAGCAGGGUCCAGGGCCCCCGCAGCUACUGGUUAGCCGCGCGCUGCUGCGGCUCCUGGCUCUGGGCUCUGGGGCGUGGGUGCGGGCGCGGCCUGUGCGGCGGCCUCCGGCGCUAGGCUGGGCGCUGCUUGGCACCUCGCCGGGGCCCGGGCCGGGACCGAGAGUCGGGCCGCUGCUGGUGCGGCGCGGAGAGGCCCUGCCAGUGCCCGGACCGCGGGUGCUGGAAACGCGGCCGGCGUUGCAAGGGCUGCUGGGCCCAGGGACGCGGCUAGCUGUGACUGAGCUCCGUGGGCGAGCCAAACUGGGUCAGGAGGCUGGGGACAGCAGCCGACCCCCACCCCCACCCGUGGUGUCCUCCUUCGCGGUUAACUGCACAGUCCGGCGACUCCGGGGAGUUCUGGGAGGGACUGGAGAUUCGCUCGGAGUAAGCCGGAGCUGUCUCCGUAGCCUGGGCCUCUUCCAGGGCGAAUGGGUAUGGGUGACCCGGGCGGGAGAAUCUUCGAACACUUCCCAGCCACAUUUGGCCAGGGUUCAGGUCCUAGAGCCUCGCUGGGACCUCUCUGAAAGGCUGGGACCCGGCUCUGGACAGCCGGGAGAGCCCCUCGCAGACGGACUGGCCCUCGUGCCUGCCACUCUGGCUUUUAAUCUCGGCUGUGAUCUCCUGGAAGUGGGAGAGCUCAGAAUUCAGAGGUACUUGGAAGGUUCCAGAACGCCCGAAGACAAAGGAAGCUGUUCAGUGCUGCCUGGGCCUCUGUUUGCCAAAGAGUUGCACAUCGAAAUUGUGUCCUCUCCACACUACAGCACCAACGGAAAUUAUGACCGUGUUCUUUACCGGCACUUUCAGACACCCAGGGCAGUCCAGGAAGGGGAUGUUCUGUGUGUGCCAACAGUUGGGCAAGUAGAGAUCCUGGAAGGAAGCCCAGAGAAACUGCCCAGGUGGCGGGAAAUGUUUUUUAAAGUGAAGAAAACUGUUGGCGAAACUCCGGAUGGGCCGACCGGGGCCUACUUGGCGGACACGGCUCAUACCUCCUUGUACCUGGUGGGUUCUACCCUGAGCCCUGUUCCCAGUCUCACUUCAGGAGAAUCCACUCCCUGGAACAGCCUGUCGCCUCCGGGCCUGGAGACCUUGGUGACUGAGCUUUGUGCUGCCCUGAAGCCUCGCCUCCAGCCUGGAGGUGCUCUGUUGACAGGAACCAGCAGUGUCCUUCUCCGGGGCCCCCCGGGCAGUGGGAAAACCACAGCUGUCACUGCAGCCUGUAGCCGCCUCGGGCUCCACCUGCUGAAGGUGCCCUGCUCUAGCCUCUGUGCAGACAGCAGUGGGGCUGUGGAGACGAAGCUGCAGGCCACCUUCUCCCGGGCCCGGCGCUGCCGGCCUGCGGUUCUGUUGCUGACAGCCGUGGACCUCCUGGGCCGGGACCGUGACGGGCUAGGGGAGGACACCCGUGUGGUGGCCACGCUGCGUCGCCUCCUCCUCGAUGAGGAUCCCCUCACCAGCCGCCCGCCCCUGCUGGUCGUGGCCACCACGAGCCAGGCCCAGGACCUGCCCGCCGAUGUGCAGACGGCGUUUCCUCACGAGCUGGAGGUGCCCGUGUUGUCAGAGGGGCAGCGGCUCAGUGUUCUGCGGGCCCUCACCGCCCACCUUCCCCUGGGCCAAGAGGUGAACCUGACGCAGCUGGCACGGCGGUGUGCGGGCUUCGUGGUAGGGGAUCUCUAUGCCCUUUUGACCCACAGCAGCCGGGCAGCCUGCGCCAGGAUCAAGAACUCGGGCUUGGCGGGUGGCUUGACUGAGGAGGACGAGGGGGAGCUGUGUGCUGCUGGCUUUCCUCUCCUGGCUGAGGAUUUCGGGCAGGCACUGGAGCAGCUGCAGACAGCUCAUUCCCAGGCCAUUGGAGCCCCCAAGAUCCCCUCCGUGUCCUGGCAUGAUGUGGGCGGGCUGCAGGAGGUGAAAAAAGAGAUUCUGGAGACCAUUCAGCUCCCUCUAGAGCACCCUGAGCUGCUGAGCCUGGGCCUCAGGCGCUCGGGCCUUCUGCUCCAUGGUCCGCCUGGCACGGGCAAGACCCUCCUGGCCAAGGCAGUAGCCACCGAAUGCUGCCUUACAUUCCUCAGCGUGAAGGGGCCUGAGCUCAUCAACAUGUAUGUGGGUCAGAGUGAGGAGAAUGUGCGAGAAGUGUUUUCCAGGGCCAGGGCCGCAGCUCCAUGCAUUAUCUUCUUCGAUGAGCUGGACUCCCUGGCCCCGAGCCGGGGGCGAAGCGGAGACUCUGGAGGUGUGAUGGACAGGGUGGUGUCUCAGCUCCUGGCCGAGCUGGAUGGGCUCCACAGCACUCAGGAUGUGUUUGUGAUCGGAGCCACCAACAGACCAGACCUCCUGGACCCUGCCCUUCUGCGGCCCGGGAGAUUUGACAAGCUGGUGUUUGUGGGAGUGAGCGAGGACCGUGCCUCCCAGCUCCGUGUUCUAAGUGCCAUCACACGCAAAUUCAAGCUAGAACCUUCUGUGAGCUUGGUGAAUGUGCUAGAUCGCUGCCCUCCCCAGCUGACGGGGGCAGACCUCUACUCCCUCUGCUCUGAUGCCAUGACAGCUGCCCUCAAACGCAGGGUCCGGGACCUGGAAGAAGGGCUGGAGGCCGGGAGCUCGGCACUGCUCCUCACCAUGGAGGAUCUGCUGCAGGCCGCUGUCCGGCUGCAGCCAUCAGUCAGCGAGCAGGAACUGCUCAGGUACAAGCGCAGCCAGCGCAAGUUUGCGGCCUGCUAGGAGCCUCCUGCCGUCCGCCCCCCACCCGCAAGGGCCGAAGGUGCUAGGUAACCCCGCAGACUCGGAGAUAGCAAAGGGCUCCUUCUCCUCCUGCUGCUGUCGCACCCAAAGGCUGCCUACCUCCAAGCAGACGCCCUCGGAGCCGGAGCC